CACUGGAAGAGCGCUCGAAAUAGCGGCUUGAUACUGAAUGCACGCUUACUUCUAUUGCUAUAUUCCAAGCGAUUCACGGUAUUCCAUCACACGCGUGGACGGAAAGCACGUACCAGCACGUACUACAUUGUUUCGUAUUCAACUACGAAUUUUAGUUUAGUUAUUGUCAACACCACUUAUCGUUGUUCGUUUCCCCUUAUCGUUACAUUUAACGUUUAUCCAUCGUAUCUGAUAUCAUAUCGUUGAAUUUGUGCCGUCGCGCAUCGAUACAUCGCUAAUAGAAUUUUUGACUGAAAGAAAAGUGUCUCGGACGAUUUGUCUGUCAUUUGCCGCACUUUUCGAAACUAAAUUUGGUGAUAUAUUCGAAAUGUAAUACUCGUGUGUAUUUAAAGUUCCCAUUUACGUUAGCCGGAUCUAUGCUACGUAAUCUUCAGAAACAAUUUGUGCAUUGACGGAGGAAUGGGUUUAACGCAAUUACAUGUUUUCUAACAAACUAGAGACGGCCUGGAUUUAAUGCACUGCCUGUGGGAAGAACUUUUGACGACGCGAAACAACGUCACGAUGUCGGCUACGCCGAUUUAAGGUAUCUUGAAACGAAUGAUGAAUUGGUGGACGAUGACUUUUCAUACGGACUGACCAUCAGUAUUGAGAUUCACACGUGCUUUGAUUUCUACCGCUGCUUCUACACGGCUUUAUCAUGAUGAGUGUUGUCCCACUCACCGAUAAACAACUCCAUCAGUUGAGUAUCAGCAUUGGGAAGGCCGUGAAUCCUACAGAAACUCCGGUGAAGGAGAAACAUGUGCGGAGCGCAAUUAUUGGUACAUAUCAAGAAAAGAGCGGAAUGAUCUUUUGGAUGUACAUGUUAAGGCAACCCUUGCAAGAGAAUCAAAUAGUAGCAUGGAAGUUUUGUCACGUUUUACACAAAAUACUGCGCGAGGGUCACCCAAAAGUAAUUCCAGACUCGCAACGAUAUCGGGGAAAGCUAGAGGAUCUUGGAAAAUUGUGGCAACACCUUCGGGAAGGUUACGGCCAGUUGAUUCAAUUGUAUAUAAGACUGUUGAUAACCAAAUUGGACUUUCACAAACGAAAUCCACGAAUACCUGGAAAUCUUCAAGUAACGCCGGAGGAAUUGAAAGCUAUUGGAGAAAAUGACAUUAAUGUCUAUUUCCAGAUGUCGGUUGAAAUGUUUGAUUAUAUGGAUGAUAUUUUAAAUCUACAACGUGCAGUUACCACUUCGUUGAUGAACACACCAUCAAAUUCGAUGACCGUUAGCGGACAGUGCCGACUGGCUCCACUAAUACCAUGCGUCCUAGACGCUUCGCAGCUAUACGAUUAUUGCGUGAAAAUUUUAUUUAAACUUCAUAAUACCUUGCCAGCAGACACUCUGGCUGGUCAUCGUGAUCGAUUCUCGAAACAGUUUCAAGAACUGAAGAAAUUUUAUAAUACAGUAAAACAAAGACAGUAUUUCAAGGCUCUCAUAACUAUACCCUCGCUACCAGAGAAUCCACCGAACUUUUUGAUACAAUCAGAAUUACGAUCAUAUGUUACACCGAGAGUCGAAUUGCCGGAAGAGUCUUUGGAUAGUGAAGCGGUUGUAGAUAGCCUCAUCGAUACUUCUGACACAAGUUCAUUACCUGGUGAUCAAUUGGAUUCAACGCGGAAUGGCUCAAUUUCUCCCGAUACAUUAGCAGAAAGAGAAAGCCUUAUCGAUCACUUACAUCAAGAAAUUAGUCGCCAAAGACAAGAAUUGCAUCGCAUAUUAACCGAACAUCAACAAAUUAUAGAAGUGCAUCAGGAUCGAGAGACGCAGCUUGAGUCUAAUUUAAUUGCCAAGUGCAAUGAGAUUGAACAGGAGAAACAAAUCAAUCAAGAUUCUUUGAAGCAAAAAGCAGACAUGAUGGCAAAAGUUCAUGAAAGUGAAGAAAAAUAUAAAACUUUGGAAGAAAAGUUUCAAAAGUUGAAAGAUGUGUAUGCGAAAUUGAGGGAAGAACAUAUCAGUUUAAUUAGGAAGAAAGCGGAUGUGGAUAAACAACUUGGAUUACUGAAAGUGUCGCAAGCACAAUCAGAACGACGAACUAACGAUGCAGAACGUCGACUCGACGAGCUAAUGCAGGCUCAAGCCAUAAAUGAACAAGAAGGACGAAAAAUCGUCGAAGCACAACAGGACUUGGAUGAUCUGAAACAACAACUGAAUUCUACGAAAUCUGAAAACAUGGUGUUGAUUGCCAAAAAUGAUUUAAUAACAUCUGAAAAAACGGGUUUAGAGGGCGAUCUACAUGAUCUAUUAGCGCAGAAAGAAGAAUUAGAUUUAAAGAUUGAAAAAUUAGAAGUUGAGGCUGAACGAUGCCGCAAUGAAAUGAAUUUACACGCUGACACUAUGUUAUAUGAAUUAUUGUUAAAUUGUCUAUCUGAAGCAGAAGAUAUAAUACGGUAUUCAUUGAGUGCUAUAGACAAUCCGGCAAUGUCUGAUUUAACAUGCACACCUCAGUACCUUGAACGAUUAGAAGAAUCGAUUGUGAAAUCGUUGGAUGGAUUGGAUUCAACGUAUACUGGUUACGUGUGCGACACAACGAAAGGAAAAAUGCUCAUUAAAAGUGCGAUACACGUUGCUUAUACUUUGGGUCUUUUUUUGAUCCAUGCAAGAUCUACAUCGAACACGUCUAUCGAUAUCGCAUUGGGUGAUAAAUUGACUGAUGAAUGUAAACAAUUAGGAGCACAAUCUUUAAUUAUGUUUAAUUACAUAAAAGAGAAGUCACCGUCAACUGUUGGUCAAAUCAACGAAGUAAGACAACAAUUUAAGAAAAUAUGCGAACUCGCCGCUACGCUGUCUAAUGGUCAGGGUAAUGUUGAAGCUAUAGGUAGUUUAGUGGAAAUGGAGCUGUUAAGCAUGGAUAAAGCAAUAGAAGAAGCUACUGACAGAAUACGGGACAUGUUGGAAAAAUCUCGGGCUGCAGAUUCAGGAAUAAAAUUAGCGGUAAAUGGAAAGAUUUUAGAUUCUUGUACAGAAUUGAUGAAAUGUAUUAGGAAGCUAGUUCAGAAGUCUCGAUUAUUGCAAGCAGAAAUCGUAGAACAAGGAAAGGGUACAGCAUCUGCGACAGAAUUCUAUAAACGGAACCAUCAAUGGUCCGAGGGACUCAUAUCGGCAGCGAAAGCAGUUGCAAUGGGUGCUACUCUAUUAUUGGAAGUUGCAGAUAAGGUUGUUGCCGGAAAUGGUAAAUUUGAGCAACUGGUAGUUGCAUCGCAAGGAAUUGCUGCGUCAACAGCUCAAUUAGUAGUUGCAAGCAGAGUAAAAGCAAAUAGAAAUAGCAGUAACUUGGCUGCACUUUCUGAAGCAUCGAGGGAUGUGACACAAGCAACAGGAAGCGUAGUAGCAACUGCUAAAAAUUGUAGUCAACUCGUUGAAGAAAAUGAUGAUUUAGACUUCACUGGAUUAAGUCUACAUCAAGCUAAGCGGCUAGAAAUGGAGGCUAAAGUUCGCGUACUGGAAUUAGAGCAGGCUCUGUUAACAGAGAGAUUACGCUUAUCUGCUUUGCGUCGCUACCAUUAUCAACUUGAAGGUGAAAAAGAAUGAAUGUUUAAUGACUACGUGAGAGUUAUAUUAAACUUCAAACUAUUUCAUCGACAUUAAACAGUAUGAAAGAAAAUGUUUACAGAUGGAAAGUAAGCAGUUAAAUUUCAGUAUGAAAUAAUAUAUUACGAAGAUCUAUCUGGGUUGCCUGAAUCAAGUUACUGUAAUAUUUGCAUGUUCAAUGUUUAAUAAAUACAAUUUUAUUCAUUUUUAAUAAUUGAA